AGCUGAAAAUUGUUCCCUUAUGUGACAUGGCGUCUGAAUAGGAAAGUCUGUUUCUAAGCGGUUUUUCAAACUUUUUCGCUUGAUUUUAUGUCAUCGAAUUGCGCCGGGGCUUCUUCUAAAAGCCACAAGCAUUUUAUAGAUUCUUGCAUUGAUGGUAAUGCAUGCAAGGAAAACGCAACGGAUGAGCGAUGGGUACUUCGAGAAGCACCAGACCCAUCCCUAUCAGAGUUCCAAGUAUAGUUCGUCAAAAGGUUAUGGUGGUCCAAACAGCGAGCGGUACGACAAAUUCCGGGACUCUCCAAAUGGCAACUAUCGUUCGGACAGUCCGGAGUCCCAGUCGCCUAGGGACGGCCGCUCCUACCAAUCGAAGAGCUAUUUACAGAAGAUCCGAGAGAAGGAGAGAGAGAACAGAGACUAUAAAAUGUCACGCGACAAGUACUCUGAAUUGGCAAGAUCGCCAAAAGACAAGCGAAGCCGGGAUUCAGAUCACAGAACCAAUAGUGAUAGGAACGAUGACAAGAGCAUUUUACACCCCUUAAAGGGCAGUCAACAAAGGGAUAGGAAACCAAUGCAUAACAAUUGUGUAGACAAGAGAGAUGAUAGAGAUAGAGUAGCGAAAGUAGGCGAUUGGUCGGAACACGUGAGUUCGUCCGGGAAAAAGUAUUACUACAACUGUAAGACGGAAGUAUCACAAUGGGAGAAACCGAGAGAAUGGAUAGACAGAGAGAGGGAACGGGAUAGGUUUAGGGGCGGUAGGGACAGAGAUAGAGGCGACGACAGAUAUAGGGAGAGCUCAAGUCGAUCAAGCAGCACCCGACACGAGAAACAUUCCAACUCGAGAGGUUCGAAUGGCAGCGGUAGCGGUGGCAGUAAGGAGCCCUCCUCACGUAAUUGGAAUAGUAGCGGCCCCAGUGCCGGAUCUAGUCGAGAAGUGCCGCCCGAAAGUUCCAACAAGGAGUCAACUUCAGAAUGGGCAUCGAGUUCGAGAAGGCAGUCGAACCCAGACAUUUCAGUGCAAUCGGUGGCGUCCUCCGCCGCCCAGGAUAUGGAUAUAUCGCCGGGAGAUAGUACGCCCACUUCUGAGGUGUCCUACGGUGCGAAUUCCACUCAGGCACCGAUCGUGGUCGAGCAACCGGUCAUGGGGCCGGUCCUGUUGGCGAACGCGUUGCCGCGACUCAGCUCGCACCAACCGCCGUCGACGUCAGCAGCGUCCGCGGCGCCCACCUUAGCGACGCCGCCCCCGUUACUGUCCGGGGCGACGCCGACCGUCGUUUCGGGCACGUCGCCGCCCCCGAUGUCGACGUCGCAAACGGCGGCGACCACGAGCGGCGCCCCCUGUCCACUGUUGUCAUCGUCCGUUUCUUUGUCGACGGCGACGACGGACAAACCGGAACCGCUCACGGUGGACACGAGUCAGACGACGAUGGGCGGCGACGGCCCGCCCACCCCUACGCACUCUGAAGGACCGGAAUGCGGUACCGCGAAGGUGGCCGUUCCGGCUGACAGUCCACCGGCGGCGGGCGGUCUGCCUCCUAUGUCCAGUUCGUUGCAAGCGCUCCGCCCCCAGGGUCCCACCAUCACACCGUCACUCGCCAACCAUUAUAGGGACGAUUUGGUUAAUCAUGUCCGGGGUUGGCCCGCGGAAAUUCUAGAAAAACAGGCAAACAAGUUGGCAGAGGAAGCACAUAUAAUGGGUAGUAUACAAUGUUCCAAAGUGUCCGCGGAAUUAAAAUCCGCGAGAUCGAUAGUUCGACUAACAGAAAUUCAGGCCACAUUACAAGAACAAAGGCGAGCAAGAUUGUCCUUUAUAAGGGCCUGCAUAGACCUGAAUUGGCUUAAAUUUUGCGUUAAGAAUCGAUUUAGGAGCGAAACCGUUUCUUAUCUGCAAGAAGACUUAGAUAGUAUUAGCAAGAACAGUACUAAUCCGGAUAGAAUUUUAUUCCUACGUCAGCAGAUCAAGGAGCUGGAAGAACUGAAGUCUCAAAACUCGUUUAUGUCCGACGAUCCUUAGUGUCACACCAAAUCUAGUGUAUAAAGUUAAGAGAUACGGGGCUAACUGUUGCGUUCUACCGGAAUUAUUUUCGAGAGAUCGUUAUGCGUUUCGUACGGUGUUGUUUGGAUGUUAAGAAGGUACCGAUACUCGGAAAGAGUCUUUUAUUUGAGCGCUUAAAGCACGAUUUUUACGUGAAGCUUGCUACAUUUCAGAAACUUCCUUUGAUUAUAAGAUAUUUAUCUGUUUUUUUUUUCUCCUUAUUUAUGACAUUUACGUGUAAUUCAGAAUUGCCCAAUGGUUUAUAAGAAAACUUUACUAGACAAAUUUGCUGCUCUGUUCGGGGGUUAUAAUAUUAAAAUUUUCUUACUAUAUGCCUAUUCUUACCUGAUUCACCUUAAAAUUUUCUAAAAAAAAGCCUUAAUAGCGAUUGAAAUUUCGAAUUACUCUUAGUCAUAUUUUUGGAUACCCUGUACAGGGAAUUUAAAUUUAAUGUUUACCAUUAAUAUUUCGAAAAUGAUAAAAUAUUUGUUAAUGUGAUGCCAAAUAAAAUAUCGUAAUUAAAUUUCAACAAUAUUAGUAUAUGCUCUGGAAAAACAGGAAAUUAUCAUUUUCACCAAAUAUUAGUAAUAUUUUUAGACGAGUUUUUUGGGAUCAUUUUCUUUUUCCUAAUUGUGCAUCUAUACUUUUUUAGCACCUAAAUUUCAACGUUCUGUUUCAAAAUAUCUAUCUUCAGACAAUAGUUAUUUAUGUAAUAAGUGUGUAAGAUGAUUCUUUUUUUCUGAGUGGGAAAUUCGCCUAUGGCUCAUGCGACAAUUCUCAUGAUUAAAAAAAAGGGAUUUUACAUACGAGUAACAUACAAAUUUUUUUCUACUACCAAAGAAAAUAUUAAAGAAAAUCAAAAAUACCAAAUUACUUUAACCCAUUAGCGCCGGAAUUAUUUUUUUUAUGCUCUUUUAAGAUUACUAAAAAUACCUUCAGGAAGCUGUAAAAAUUUAGUUUUUUAAUUUUAGCUACAUACAUUUUGAGAUAUUAGCCGUUACCAUAUGACAACGCUAGGACACUACCUAAAAUUGAAACAAUCUUUUUAAUUAGAAAAUAUUAAAAUUUUAUUAUAGAACGUUAUACUAAGUAAUAUAAAAUAAGUAAACAGGUUUAAGUUAACGGGAAUGAUAAGGUGCAAAGCAAGAAAUACAUAGAGCUACGUCACAUUUUGAACACAUGGUUCUUACUGUGGAGUUGCGUGUUUUGAGUGCACAUCGUCUUCGUUUCUUUUGUGUUGUUUGUUGACCUAAUUGGUCAAAACGGUCAAACCGGAUAUUAUCCGAAACUCGCGAAUCUGAAGAUUCCAAUGCAGAAGCUCGUCGCCCAGAUCCUUUCGGCAAAACUUGAAAUUUUUUCAAGUAUACGGUCGCCACCUCUCUUUUACACUCUAACUGUGAAACCUUUUGUUUUCGAGAUCGAUUCUAUAGUAUCCAGGAGUUUUGAAGAGCAACAUCGAAAAUCCAGGUUAGCAAAGGCCAAUACCAUUACUUACCUCGAAUACCGAUGCGAUAGCAGCCAAGGUUCUGGUCCAUCUGAUCAGUUCCUCCCAUGUGGGCAUUAUAUUUCGCAAUAACUUUUGGCCGUGUAACCAUUAUAUUUUUCUUUUGUUGUUGUGAGUACCUUUUAACUUGUCCAAUUUCUUGAGCUCCAUGCGAAGUAGACAUCAUAGUUACUACUGAAUUAUCCAUCCAUCUCACAUACAAAUGGCCAUCGGAUUUCUCCAUGGCUGUUUCGAAAUAUCCACGGUCUUUUUUGACAAACAUUUUUUUAUUCGUGAGGGGGCAUUGUUUGGGCAUUCGGUUUUUGACGAAUUGAUUGUUCCAGUUGCAGAAUAACCACGAAAUUGCAAAUAUGAGUAAAGCGCUGGGUUUGAAAACAAAUUAUCCAUAUAAAGUUCAUAUCGCAAAUCCUUUUUUUCUCUGGCGGCAAUUCAUCUAACAUUACUACCAAAGGGCUCCCAACUAGCAAUUUUAGUUACGGCUACAACAUUGACUAUAUUACUUUAUUCAAGUAAUAAAUCGGUAACUGGUACCAAAAAAAAAUACUGCCAAGUAAAAAAUAGUAGUAAGAAAUACGUAAUAUUAACUUAAUACUUGACUAUAUAGUAAUUAUUACUUUGCGGUAACUCUGAUGGUAGCUGAUACCGCUUAGCGACCUGACCUAAUUACCUUUACAACGUCGUUACUAUAAAGUAGAAAAUAUUGGUCGGUGGGACGAUUAAAUGGGAACUUUUAAGUAAGCGCGACUACAAAGUUAAAUUUCAAGUUCUUGCGACUACAUAGGAACAUCAAAAUAUUACCACGCAGUAAUACACUUUGAAGUAAUAUUAUCAGUAACAAGACCGAAAUAGUUACCCUUAUUUCUUCUUUAAAGUAAUAUUUACCACCUUGGCUAUUAAAGCAAAUUACCUUUGAGUAAUUAUUUCUACUAUGCAGUAAAAUAUACUUUAUAGUAGCAUUUUUUUGAAAUAAUUUACUUAUUCCUAAGUCAUUUUUACUUUGAAGUAACAAAAGAAACUUCUUGGUAACUCUAACAACAAUUCGCCAUAUUUUUUUAAAUUAUUUGACUCCAUUUUGUGAAAAGGUAUUGCACGAUUUUAUGAAUUUGCUAAAAUCGGAAUACUUUCAAAUUUUAUGCAAUUUUUAUUAAAUUAUAGACUUCUUAUAUUCAUAGGAGUAAAGAGGAGUGAAAAAAAUUAUCUACCUUCCUUAAAAAAUUAAAUUUAAAUAUUUAGACUUGGUAUAUUUUUUUGGUGAAAGUCAUUAUUUUAAUGAGGCGUUCUUUAUUUUCGUCCUAUAUUGCCUGUAUGUUUAACAGUAAAAUUUGCUUCGUUUACAUUUUUCCACUCCGGUAAGCGAUAAUAUCAGCUAUAUUAAAUACAAUAUGAAGUAGAUUAACCCCGAUACAACGCCAUCACUUAGAAUAAAGACGGACAUAUAAAAUUAUUUGUGUUGACAAAAAAAGAGAAUCAGAAAAUGUUUGCAUAAUAUUGUCUCAGUAACUUGUUAGUAACUAGCACUGCACAAUCACUACUUUAUGACAUCCCGAAAACCACUAUGGGACGUUAAAAAGAAGUUCCCGGGACGAUAGAAUUACGUAUUUGCUAAAGCAAAAUCAUUCCCAAUUUUGGUAAAAAACUGGUAACAGAACGGUGCCUAAACGGUUCCCGCGACUAGUAACCACAACUUUAAAGUAUUCUUUAUAGUCGCGAUUACGUAGCUGUUGUCAAAAAUGCUAGUUGGGCUUGCAGCUUUGCCAAACAAUAAAUCGUAGUUCGCAUUAGAUUUGGGACUUUUACCUUGAUAAACAUCAAAAUUUACCAAAUAGCCGUCUGUAGUAUUUAGGCUCCAAAUUUUAUACCCAAAUCUAAUGGGGCCGAAUCUUGUAGAACUUAUCAUUUUUGGCUAGUUUUGUAUUAUCAGAGCAAUGAAGAAACCGAGUGAUCUGUAAAAAUCGAUCACGGCGCAUUGCUUGAGACACAGUUAAAUUUUUAAGAUCUUCGCCACUGCUCCAAUAUUGCCUUUUAGAUGGCAAAUUAUUAUAUGCCGCUUACAAAUAAUAUUGCUAUAAAGCAACGAAUUUCAUCUGGUGUAAUAUUAGGGUCUGGACAGUUCAAAAAUAAUGCAUAUCUGCGAGUUUCCGCCACCAAAUGUUUUAUAAAUUCAUCAUCUAUAAACUCUUCGAAAAUUUGAAUUACGGACAUUUGCUCAAAUCUGGAAUAAUCUGGUGGCGGAAAAUAUUUUGGCGGUACAACUGCAUAGUCUGCUCCUUUUUCCCACUGAGGUAUAAAUGAUUCAGACUGGUUUCGCCUAUCUUUUAGCCAAGUUGUUUAUUCCUGCACAAGAACCGGAGUAGGCACAGUAUUUGUUUCCUGAUCUGCUAUAUUUGCAUCACAUUCAACCUCAUAUUGGGUACCCAAUCUCUCGUUAUUGUAUAAUCUUAUUUCGGCCGGGGCUCGCAACUGUCGAGCUGUCAAAUUGUCAACUAGCCUACGAAAAAAAAAUAUCAAAAAAUAACAAAUUACGAUAAAAAGUUGGCUUAUUACCCGCCAUCGUCCCCGUCAGCUGAGUUCUCAUCUGUGUCUACAUUGGGUUCUGGUGGCUCAAUGUAAAUAUCGCCGUCAAGAUCAUCACGCAAAGUGAAAAGCAAUAUCUGUAAUUAUUUGAAAUCACUUAGUGCAAACGCCUAGUGUUGCCAUAUGGUAACAUACAAGUUUACGCCCUUGUAACUCACUAACUUAUCAAUGGAUUUUAUUCCAAAUUUGGCCAACGAUAAGCCAUAGUAUUCUGAGCAUCACAGUGUAACAAAAUAUCCCCCACUAUUACACAUAAAAAAUAAAUUAUACUUACUCGAAUUGUAUAUCCAUAUUUUCACGAUGUUUCAAUAACUAUCAAAUUUAACCGCACUAAACAGUUCGGCGUUUUUACGGAAACUAAGCGAACGCGUGGUUUUUGCACACUGUGAUUGGUGAUAUGACACGCUCGCAACAAAUUUACUAGCGCACGGCCAAUGCCAUCGCACUUUGAGUAGUCACGUGUUUGCCGUAGCCAUGUGGUAACGCUAGGCGUUAAUGGGUUAAGCACUAGUGCGUAAAUAAAAUGUCAAAUAAAUUUUUACAAAUUAUAAAUUAAAUGUCAAAUUAUAAAUUAAUACGUUAAUUACUUUUUACGCACUAGUACAUAAAAAGUGAAUCUUUAUAAACCCUAGAACGUGUGUAAAGUGAGUACUUUAAAGUUCUUCCUACUACCGUGCGUAAAGUACUCUACUUUUGAAUUCACUACCGAGAGGUUAAUUCUGAAUGAUGUUAUGGGUUAAUAGACAUAAUUUAAACAAAUCAUUUAUUUAAAAAUAUUAAACGAUAAUUUUUUUAUCUAUUCGUAUUACGCCCUUACAGCAAAAAUUAUGGAAUAAAAUAACAUGCAGAACUGUAAUUUGUUAAGGUAUUUCUUUAAAAACGAGCAGUAAUUUUGUCUGAAAAAAAAAUUAUAUUAUUUAAAAAUAUAUACAAGAAUUAUUAAAACUUAAUUUAAUUUUCGGUUUUUCUGGAUAUCCGUAAGUUGUAUUCUUGUUAAUUUUCAAUAAAAUUUAAGAAUUAAUAAAAAAUCAAUAUGCUUUCAAAGAAAACAGCCAAAAUCCGAGAAUUUCAUAGAAUUUUUUUUAACGUUAUUUAAAAACAUCUUAUUAGAACUACUGUUUAUCCGACAUUCGACAUUUUGUCCUUCAGAAACCAUCAUCAAAUUUAUUUUUUUAAGUACUAUUUUGCGAUUCUUUUAUCGUAUUUUAUUACCUUAAGUAUAGGACCCUUACAAUUAAAAUAUUUUAUACUUAUCUCUGUUUAAUACGUUAUUUUCUUCGACAGUGACGAGCAAUGACACUUUUUCCUAUAGGCACGCAUUUUUUAAGCAAUUGAUGUAGCAUGCAAAAGUUAAAAAAAAUAAGUUUUUGAUGAUGGCCACAAUUCAAUUUUGAAAAAUACAUCUUAAAAACUUGUGAAUAUUUAUCCAUUUAAGUACAGAUGGUAAACAUCGAAUUUGAACUAACCUGUAUGUAAUUUUAAAUUACAAUUUUGAUGGGAUUGACUGAUCCAAAGUAAUUAUUGAAACAAACAUCAGCCUACUAUUUAAUAGUAAAUCCCCAAAUUACAUUUGCAAAGAAACUCUAGUAGCUUAAAAUUGACUUUUCUAUAUCUAGAAACCCCUACUUAUUAUUCUAAACAAGAGUAGAACACAUGCACUAAUAAAUUUCCGUGUAAAAUAACCACAAUACGUGAACCAACUGACUAAAGCCAAACAAUACUGUAAAUCGUGCGGUGUAUAUUUUUUUAUUAUUUAAAUUAUUUACUCUAGAAUGAAUGUGUCCUCUCCAAUGUGAAACAAUUAAAGAACCGAGCACACAAUACAUAUAGGGUUUCUUAUAGCGCGGUCAAUUUUUAUUAAAGUUUAGUAUUAUGUUAUAGUAGUCGAUGAACUUUCUCAUUAAUGAAGGUUAUGCAAAUGACGGCAAAUCCAAAGUGAAAAAUAAGUUUGGAUGUUAAUUGUGUAUCACACAUGUUUGUCUAGCGCUGAAUUAACAGUAUAUUCGAAAUCGUUUACUUUAGUAGCAGUUAAUUUGGUACAUUUAUUGGCAAAAUUCUUGAAAUGAAUUUAAAGUGUCAUUUUGAUAAAAUUCGCAGAAGAAAUUAAUUUUUGUUGGUAAAAUUAUUCCAUAUAAUCAUCAUGUCAACCGGUUUACAACAAAGAGUACUAAGUAUAAAAGUAAAUGUCUGUGGCUAUGUUCUCUUACAACUUAAGAACCAGAAUAACAGCAUCGUACAGUUAUUAGGUUUUUACCCUCAAAAGGUUAUAGGCUGGUUUUACUCACCAACUUGCUAUUGUGAAAUCGUUGAAGUCGAAAACGUUUAAUACUAGAUAGCGUCUUAAGCACCAUAUCUUCGCCCUAAAGUGUUAACCUGCUAAAUGCAUUUUGCAGAAGAGCAUGCAUGGAAAAAAUGCAAUAUUGCUUCUAACGAGUUACUUAUUUUAUUGGGUAUUACUCUCACACGCUCAAAUAUUGAAAAGAAGAUGAAAAUAGACUUAUUUAUGUAUUUAGAAGAAAUAUGAACUUAAAUCUUUAACGAUUUUCGUUUUAUUUAAUUUAAUAACUUCAAUAAAUCUUAAAUACAGUAAUUUGUUUGAGGUAUAACAGAUUUUUGUUACAUACCCAGGAGCAAAUGUUUUAUAUAUCCGUCAAGUCGCAUUUUUGCAACUAAUCAAGUGAUUAGGUAAGUAAAAUAACGGAGAUAGUAAUAACUCAUUUUUUUCUAAAAAAUGGGUAUUCAAAAUUGGGAUUAAGCAGGUUAACAUUUUAAGGCGAUGAUGUCACUUUCACGUUGUUGACAAAUACAUGUAUUUUGAGUGGAAACUGUCGAUUUAUUCCUUUAUUCUCUUUAAGGCGAUUAAAUCUAAUAUACGUAUUGACACUUCCUCUAUAUUAUUAAUAUUUUACUACUCCUAGGCCCUAGGUGCCAUGUCAGUCCAAAAGCAAUCGGAUAUUUUUCGGAUAGUUCAUUACUGCAUAAUUUCUCCUUGAAUUACAGGUUGUUUUUUUUAAUUCCACGUGAGUGGUGCCAUACAGGUUGCAUUUUAUUUAAGAUGCAAAAUUAAGUGGUUGUCGGAAAUAUAGCGCGCAUUUAUUUCUGCAGAAGAUUCGGAUAUUUUUCGGAUUGGACGUCAUAGAAACUUUCUUCUUUUAUUCUUUCAGAUCCUAGAAUUUUUGAGAACAAAAUUCUUAUGCUUCCUGUGUUUGAUAAUUGUGAAUCAUACAGCCGAGAGGUACACCACCAACUUUAGUAGCACAAAAAAAAAAUGUUAUAGUUACCUAUUUGAUCACAUGAUCCGCUGCUGUCAAGAAAAUUACGAUUUUACUAGGAAGAAGCGAGCCCCUUUCUAAACCAGCUUUCCAAAAAGACUUUUGCUUGUUCUUCAUAAUUUUCUUUCCUACGAAUAAAAGUUGAAACUUGAUGGAACACAUAACAGAGAUAGGGACGUCCACGGUUCAUAAAAAUAAUAAAUUAUGAAUUCCAUAGGAUUUACUUGGACAUUGGCGAGAGUUUCAUCUAUGUCAUUACUUGACUUGAUGGUCUUUAAUGAAGAUUUAUGCACAUUUUUGGCCUUGCGGCAAAAAAAGGGGUCUUUUGUAGUCGAUGAUACUGGUAGAAAACUAUAGGCUUCUGUCGAAACCGUGUGACUAUGCAUAAAAUAUACCUUCACUUAUUCAAAUAUUUUUGUUCUAUACAAAUUAACUGCGGCUCCGCUGUCUUUCUUCAUAAUUUCAUUAAAAUAGGUUAGGCAGACACACACACUUUCAGAUUUAUAAUAUAAAGUAGGAUUAACACUUAACUUUCUUCGACAAUGGAGUUUAGACCCUCCUUAAGCUACAUCUUAAAAAUUUGUUUAGGUUUUUAACCCUAAUGAAUAUUUUGGCGCCGAGAUUUCUAUUUCCUUUUUUUUCCUUAUUUUGACAUUGUGCUGACAAAGCGAAUCGUGCGAGUAGUUUUAUACAAAAAUUAAUUCAAUUUUUUGCAGUAAGAUCAACGUCUCCUUCGAUGUUGAUUAUUAAAAUAACUUAGGACUGGUUGGAAUUGGACCUUUUUAUUAAUUCUACUUUAUAUUUUCUUCUGUCUUAAAUUCAUAUGUAAAAGCCUUAUUGUCAUAAUACAAAUAAAUAUACAAAAUUGUCCACUUAAACGAGGGCGACUUAGACACUGUUGGAAAAACAUGCGAAAUAGCAACUGUCUAGGGAGUGAUGUUUAUCGAUUUAAAAUUACAUUUCCUAGCUUACUAGCGGAUACAGUAGCAUUCACAGUCUAGAAAACGUAAAAAAUGCAUACCCUUAGGAAGCUAGACAGAUAUUAUUUUGUAUCAGGUUUUACCGAGAAACCAUUGGGCAACGAAGGGUUCAAAAUUCACAGGUGCUGUUCAUUACUAUAUUUUUUCCAAAUCCCGACUGAAUUGCCGCCGUUUGCAUUUUUAAGCAAUAAAAUACAUCACAUACACAUGAAUUUUAAUAAAAUUUGACGGCUCUAUAAAAUCUCGUGUAUUGCGUGCGUGGUUCUUUCUAUAGCAAAUAACCAAUUGAAGACUAUCUGUGAACUCUCCUGGGCAGCAUUAGAACCAUUUAUCCCAAGUGUAACGUAGUGUCGUUUUUAAGUACAAAAUGAUUCGUUUCUCGAAACCAAGUUUCGGAACCAAUAAAGUGCUUGUUAUUGAUCGAUGGUGGAUGUGUUGAUGAUUUUUUUUGAACUUGUGCCUAAUUUCUUUUUUUUUAUUUUGGCUUAUGUGUUUAAUGCUGCCCAGAAUGUUAUUAAGUAAGUGACUGUAUUAUACUGGUUUUAUGUCUUAGAUUUUUAGGUAAAUUAAUAACUACAAUAUAGAAUUAUAGAUUU